AUGCUUUUCCUGGUGGGUGUUGACGAGCCAUUACUGCUGUCUGGCUAUGCCACUGUUACACCUGGAAGGCUGGCUAUGGGUGUUCCCAACGUCGCAGCAUCUUUCAGUAACCCCUGGGGGAAGAAGCCGGUUCUUUGGUGUAUUAAACAACGUGGGCCAGAGCUAUCUCUGCACCCUCAGCUUCCUGGGGAGGACAGUCAGAAGCUUCUGCUAGUGAACUCUGCUGUUAGACACCGCGGCAACACGGGAACUAGGGACCCAGGCAACAAUGAAGCAACUCGCUCUCCUGCUGCUCCUCUUCCCCCUGACCAGGGCGGCCCCUUGCGUAACCCCUGUGCAGCUGAGAGUGUGGGUACCACUGAUCUGAAAUUUGCCAUCCGUGACCUGCUGGACAACUGGAAAGAAGCGUCCUGCUCCCAGGGUGACCAGAACUCCCAGGGCCUGCCCCGGAGCUGCCAGGAAAUUAAAUCCACUCGAGACGGAGCUGGAGAUGGGAUUUACACCCUGCGCACCAAGGAUGGCGAGACCUACCAGACCUUCUGUGACAUGACCACCAAUGGGGGCGGCUGGACCCUGGUGGCCAGCGUGCACGAGAACAACAUCUACGGGAAGUGCACGGAGGGCGACCGCUGGUCCAGCCAGCAGGGGAGCAACGCCAACUACCCCGAGGGAGACGGCAACUGGGCCAAUUACAACACCUUCGGCUCCGCGGUGGGCGCCACCAGCGACGACUACAAGAACCCGGGUUAUUACGAUCUGCAAGCCAAGGACCUGUCCGUGUGGCACGUGGCCAACAAGACGCCCCUGAAGGAGUGGAAGACCAGGUCCAUCCUGCGGUACCACACCGAGACGGGCUUCCUGCCCUCCGAGGGGGGGAACCUCUUCAAACUCUACCAGAAAUACCCAGUGAAAUACGGCGCCGGCAUUUGCAACACCAACAAUGGCCCCUCCGUUCCCGUCAUCUACGACUACGGUGAUGCCCAGCAAACUGGCAGCUACUACUCUCCAAAUGGCAAAACUGAAAUCGUCCCUGGCUACGUCCAGUUCCGUGUGUUUAAUCAUGAGAAGGCGGCCAUGGCUCUGUGUGCUGGGGUGAAAGUCACUGGCUGUAACACUGAGCAUUACUGCAUCGGUGGAGGAGGGUUUGUCCCAGAACAGAGCCCACGUCAGUGCGGCGAUUUCGCUGCCUUUGAUUGGAACGGCUACGGAACCCAUCAGGAAUGGAGCGUAUCCAGGGAGAUGCUUGAAUCCGCAGUGCUGCUCUUCUACCGCUGAGUCCGGAAAGGCCGACGUGCCUCAGUGACGGACGCUGCUUCCUUCCAGCCAGAGCUGCUCCCUGGCAGGAGACUUAUGGCCUCAGCUUGGACAUCUGUGAUGCAAAUAAAGAAAUUGAA